AUGACUAAGCUCAAUGCCAGUCAUGUCAACGGGUCAUUAAGCAAUAAUAAAAUUUGCAAAGGUCAAUUUGUAGUUGAGUAUGGCUAGGAAACAAUGACAAUUGAAAUAGUUGACAUGCUAAAAAAAGCAGCGCCAGGAGGCGGUCAGCGACGUCAGAAUUGUGCGACUGCAAGAACAUGUGGCCUUGGCCGGCUUUAUCUACAAGACGUAGUAAAGGUACAAACAAAACUCCCACAUUGCUGUUCCACCAAAAUCACAUAUUAUUGAGAUUUGCUCAGCGAAUUGCACGCAAGGUCCUCCUACAACACCAGACUCUGUCAUAUACCAUCCGGUUUCCUAAGCCUGUACUGUGUUUAUAUGCAAAGAGCCCACCGUAACGGCGUUGCCUGUGGAAAAUGAACUCUCUUUUUAAUUCGGCUUUGAAGCAGUCCUCUGCUAUCCGUCGAGAUCUGGACACAUUCGCGCAGUCUCCUGCCACGUCCUCGCCCGCAUUACAAGGCCAGAUCGCAGCUUCACUUGCUUCCUUAUCACGCACAGUCGAUGACUACUCAGCUUUAUCGAAGAAAGAAUUGAUACCCGAAAAACAGCAGAAAGCGUUCGAGAGAGUAAAUAAUUUUCGGUCGGAGCUCGCAGAUUACCGACUGCAUUUCGAUCGGCUACGCAAAGAACGAGAGGAUGCGCAAUCCGUGACAAACCGUAAUGAACUACUUGGUCGACGUCCACAUCACACAGCGACACCAGAAAACCCAUACGCCCAAUCCUCCCUUCCACAGUCGUCGGCCUUCGCUCCGUCUUCGUCCCGCGGUGGGCUCAGUUUCGGCGCUUCGCCCGCAGAUUACAACCGUGAGACUCAUGCGCUUCGCGAGCAAUCCUUCUUGGCCAACACGGGCACACAGCUUGAUGAUUUCCUGGACCGGGGACGUGCUGUGCUUGCGGAUCUUGGACAGCAGCGAGAAGUGUUGAAGGGGACGCAGCGCCGGCUGUAUAGUGUUGCUAACACCCUGGGAGUCAGCGGUGAAACCAUUCGAAAAGUGGAGCGACGGGCAAAGCAGGACAAGUGGAUUUUCUGGGGUGGGGUCGUGAUAUUCUUCCUCUUCUGCUGGGCUGUAUUGCACUUUUUGAGAUAAUUUAUGAUCUUUUUGUUGACUGUCGGUGUGGGUUCUCUGGAUGUUGCUUGGGUUUGUUUCGCAAGCGCAGGUGUUCGGAUUGCAUUAUGAUAUCAUUCUAU